UCCUCCUCAGGUGAGGCCGCAGGCCCGGCAGGCCCCACGCCGCUGGCCGCUGCUGCCACCCUUGCCUCCCGGGCUGCCCGCCGCUGUGGAGACACCAUGCCCCUACCCAGGCCCGGAGACUAACCCCAAAUCUGCACCAUCUCCGGCGAACCCUAGGGUUCCGCCCCAGCCCAACAGGUCAACCUGGGAAUCAUUAACAAGAGUCCCUGACAUGGCGAAGAAGGAGGAUGGGGAACCCGGGGCUCGAAGAGGUGGUUCCACUUGUCCAAGACCUCAGCCGGGAAAGGGUGGCCGGACCGCACCGUGCUGCUCCGGACCCAAGGUGGCCGCUCUCACUGUGGGGACCCUGCUUCUCCUGACGGGCAUUGGGGCUGCGUCCUGGGCCGUUGUGACCAUCCUUUUUCGGAGUGACCAGGAGCCGCUGUACCCAGUGCAGGUCAGCCCCGGGGACUCGCGGCUUGCGGUGUUUGACAAGAUGGAGGGGACCUGGAGGCUGCUGUGCUCCUCACGCUCCAACGCCAGGGUGGCGGGGCUCGGCUGCGAGGAGAUGGGCUUCCUUAGGGCCCUGGCGCACUCGGAGCUGGAUGUGCGGACCGCCGGCGCCAACGGCACGACGGGCUUCUUCUGCGUGGACGAGGGCGGCCUGCCUCUGGCGCAGAGGUUGCUGGAUGUCAUCUCUGUGUGCGACUGCCCUAGAGGCCGAUUCGUGACCGCCAUCUGCCAAGACUGUGGCCGCAGGAAGCUCCCAGUGGACCGCAUCGUGGGGGGCCAGGACAGCAGCCUGGGGAGGUGGCCGUGGCAGGUCAGCCUGCACUAUGACGGCACCCACCUCUGCGGGGGAUCCCUGCUGUCCGGGGACUGGGUGCUGACAGCCGCACACUGCUUUCCAGAGCGGAACAGGGUCGUGUCUCGUUGGAGGGUGUUUGCCGGAGCCGUAGCCCGGACCUCACCCCACGGCAUGCAGCUGGGGGUCCAGGCCGUGAUCUACCAUGGGGGCUACCUUCCCUUCCGAGACCCGAGCAGCGACGAGAACAGCAACGACAUCGCCCUGGUCCGCCUCUCCAGCCCCCUGCCUCUGACAGAGUACAUUCAGCCCGUGUGUCUCCCCGCGGCGGGACAGGCCCUGGUGGACGGCAAGGUCUGUACGGUGACCGGCUGGGGUAACACACAGUACUACGGCCAGCAGGCUGUGGUGCUCCAGGAGGCCCGGGUCCCCAUCAUCAGCAACGAGGUCUGCAACAGCCCCGACUUCUACGGGAACCAGAUCAAACCCAAGAUGUUCUGUGCUGGCUAUCCCGAGGGGGGCAUCGACGCAUGCCAGGGUGACAGCGGCGGCCCCUUCGUGUGCGAGGACAGCAUAUCCGGGACGUCCAGGUGGCGUGUCUGCGGCAUUGUCAGCUGGGGCACAGGCUGUGCCUUGGCCCAGAAGCCGGGAGUGUACACCAGGGUCACUGACUUCCGGGAGUGGAUUUUCCAGGCCAUCAAGGGUCCGGCUGAGCACAGACAACCAAACCAGAAGCAGAGCCCGGCAGUAGCCACCCCCUCCCCCACCACACGCUCUGCCUCCUUGAACUCUGUCCUCCAGCUCUGCUUCCUAUCCCAAGGUCCCACAGCCUCCCGGAACGGCACCACCAACUGAGAACCACUCAUCCAGAUACAGGAGACGGUGGGGGACAUUUGAGAUUCAAACCAUGACUGCAGCCCAGGCUGGCUUAGAACUUACCAUCCUCCUGCCUGGGGCUUUGGGGCUUUUGGGAUUACAGGCCUGCGUGCAUCUCUAAUCUCCUCUUCUGCCUACAGAAGAGCCGGGGCACACAGCUGGGACAGCCAGCUUCCACAGUCAAGCAGAGCCUAACGCGCAGUUCCUUUCUCAUACUAGCUCGUUCUCCUGUGCAAACGCUGCCAUAAUUAACGAGGGCUGUGAAGGCCAUUAAUUUUACAUUCAGAAGUAAUUGUUGGGAAGGUUCAAACAGU